GCCCAAUACUUUGGGUGACUGUUGGAAGCCUUGAUGGCGGCGACCGAGCAUGCGAUCCCCGUCCGUGAACCGAUGGAACUCCCAUCUCUCCCGCCCAACCAAGGGUUGGAGGCGAUGAAGGAUAUUGUGUUCGGCUCCACUGCUGGCAUGGCAGGCAAGCUGAUCGAAUACCCCUUUGACACCGUCAAGGUUCGCCUUCAAUCUCAACCCGCACAUCUUCCUCUCCGAUAUACCGGUCCUCUGGACUGUUUCCGCCAGUCGUUCCGGGCAGAUGGCUUCAAAGGACUGUACCGCGGCAUCAGUGCCCCCAUGAUGGGUGCCGCUGUGGAAACCAGCUGUCUGUUCUUCAGCUACCGCCUCAUCCAGGAUGCAAUGCGCGCCACGGUGUUCCCCGAGAAAGAACAAUUGCCUUUCCUAGCUCUUAUUGCUGCCGGUGCUGCAUCUGGAUCUGUGACUUCGUUGGCACUCACGCCAAUUGAGCUCAUCAAGUGCAAGAUGCAAGUCCCGGUCGAGGCGGGACAUCCACCCCCUCGUCCCGCUAUACUCAUCGCAACCGUUUUCCGACAGGAGGGACUGAUUGGUUUCUGGCACGGUCAAAUGGGAACUCUGAUCCGAGAGACCGGAGGUAGUGCCGCCUGGUUCGGCGGCUACGAGGGUGUUUCUUCUCUCUUCCGGAAAUACAAUUCGUCUAGCUCCCACAUCGAGUCUCUAGCUGUCUGGCAGCAAUUGUCACGCAUGCAGACGGAAGAUGUCUCGCGCCUCCCGGCUAACGGCGCGCGACAGACCUUUUGGAAUGUCACUCGGUCCUUGUGGAGGCAGCAGGGCUUGAAGGGCAUGUAUCGCGGGUGCGGGAUCACCUGCAUGCGCUCGGCUCCCAGUUCGGCCUUUAUCUUCUCUGUUUACGAAGGAUUGCGAUCAUAUUUUGGAUGA